AUGGUGGGCUGCGGCGGCCUGGGCUGCCCCCUGGCCCAGUACCUGGCAGCCGCCGGUGUCGGCCGCCUAGGCCUGGUGGAUCAUGACGUGGUGGAGACGAGCAACCUGCACCGGCAGGUGUUGCACGGGGAGGCCCGCCGAGGGCUCCCCAAGGCCGUAUCUGCUGCCGCAGCCCUGCGGCUGCUGAACUCCACGGUGCAGUAUGUGCCCUACUGCAGCGCCCUGAGCCCUCGCACUGCCCUAGAGCUGGUGCGGCAGUACGACGUCAUCGCCGACUGCUCUGACAACGUCCCCACCAGGUACUUGGUGAAUGACGCCUGUGUCCUGGCUGGGAAACCCCUGGUGUCUGGCAGUGCCCUCCGGCUGGAGGGGCAGCUGGUUGUGUACAACUACCAGGGAGGGCCAUGCUACAGGUGUCUCUUCCCCAAGCCCCCUCCACCAGAGACAGUGACUAACUGUGCGGAUGGGGGAGUUCUGGGUGUUGUGCCAGGCAUCAUGGGGUGCAUCCAGGCUUUGGAAGUGCUGAAGAUCGCUUCAGGAAUGGGUUCCUCCUUCAGUCAGUUCAUGCUGAUGUUUGAUGCCCACGAAGGGAGAUUUCGCAACAUCAAGUUAAGACCAAAGAAACCAGACUGUGCUGUUUGUGGUGACAAUCCAUCUGUCACCUGCCUACAGGAUUAUGAGGCAUUUUGUGGUUCUUCUGCAACAGACAAGUGUAGGACUUUACAUCUGCUAUCCAGUAAAGACAGGAUAUCUGUCGAGGAAUACAAAAAACUGUUGGAUGAGCAAGUUCCUCAUGUAUUGUUAGAUGUUCGUCCGCAGGUAGAAGUGGAUAUCUGUCGCCUGGUACACGCUGUCCACAUUCCUUUGAGUAAAUUAGAAGAAAAAGAUGAAGAGUGUCUGGAAUAUUUAGAAAAAAUAAUUCAUGAGGAAAAACAGAGAACUAAUGGCCAGACAUCUUUUCCUGUAUAUGUUGUUUGCAAAUUAGGAAAUGAUUCUCAAAAGGCUGUAAGAAUUCUGCAGGAGUUACCUGUCAAAGAGGGUUCUGUGUUAGCUAAGGAUAUUAAAGGGGGGCUCAUGGCUUGGGCCAGUAAAAUUGACUCAACGUUUCCUCAGUAUUAGAAAUACUAAUGGUGAAAAAAAAACAACUUUCAUAGUAAAUUCCAUAGAGUUUCAUCUUCUCUGUGUAAUGACUGUAUCAUGUGGAUAGAACUGGAGAUAGAAAUACCAUGUUGCUUUUUUAAAUGUUUUUUUUUAAUACUUUUUUUGUAGAUGUCUCAUUAUUCUUAUAAAAAGGUGAAACUAUCCAUGGAAAUGGAAAUAAAUGUGUUUCUUGGUUAUUAUUUAAUAUUCAAAACUUGGAAUAAUUACUUGUGCAUGUGAUGAUUGAGAAUGACUCCUGAUUAAUAAUUGUAACCUGGAGAAUGACAAAGCACAGGAGUCAAGUGUUGAAAGUUUUUAUGCUUCUAAUUACCUAACAAAUUGAAAUAGUGCAUGUAGUGAUUAAA